AUGGCGGCGGUAUUCAAACCAAUGGUUCGAUGGGCUCAAAGCAAAGAAAGACUGUUUUUAACGCUAGAGCUUACAGAUGUUCAGGUUUGCUGCAUGGAGAAAUAAAACGUUGUAUUUUUGUUCUGAUUGUGACCUUUUGGUUUGUUUUUUAUGUUAUUUAAUAGUACCCUGCUGUUGAGUUGACAAGUACUCGUCUGGUGUUUCAAGGUAUUCUCAUAACAAUUACGUUACUUGGACUUUUUUUAUUUACGUUAUUCUGUUUUAUCACUUAAGCGACAUGAUUUUUCCUAAAUCUGAAUUUAACUGUAUAUUAAAAAGUAGACUAGUCUAUAACUAUAACCAAAUAACGACCGGUUGCAUUUAAUUUCAGUCCAAUUCAUUUUGUUGUCAUAAUUUUUUGCAGGUUUUGGACACGGUGCAAGAGGAGAGCAACAGUACCAUGUAGACAUCAAUUUUUACAAACCUGUCGAUAUCACGGUAUACCUUAUUUCACUGAGUACAAUGUUUUGUUAAUUUAAACAAUAAAAUGAACAACUGACACUUUUUAAGACUGACACCUUUUCAGUGGAAACUUGUUAAAUAAUAUUGGUCUCCACCUGGAUUUCCAUCUAGUUCCUUAAUUACCAUAAAUGUUUAAAUAAAUGCCCAUAUUUCCAUAAUAACUGCCCAAUAUCAAAUCGACAUCCCUCGAAAUUUCAAUUUGGUUUUAAAAAAAUAAGGGAUAUAGAUUGGUUCCUUGAAAAACGUGGGUCUAGGAAAAUUUUUGCCAGAUCUCUAAAUCUUGGAAGUGCUUGUGAUAGGUCUCAAAGUCUUGUUUUUGGGUGAUUCUGCAUCUUGGAGUCUCGAGUUCUUUGAAAUCUCAGUCCUGAAUUUUGAAAAGGCAUCGUGCAGUCUUGCAAAGUCUCAAAUUUACUAUUCUAUACCUCUAAAAUUCUUAUGUCUAAUAUUUGUAUUGCCCCCUUAGCCUGUUCCAGAUGUUCAGAUAGUUGGGAGCAGUGCAAAGUAAAACAAGCAAGGAAAAAUAGAGGGGGGACUAAAACUUCAGCACAGCUGACCAUUGAUUCAGAGAUUGUUUAGGUUAAUAAAAACAUCUCUUGACUGAUGACCAUCUGGACAUUGACUCUGACACUAAAGACUAUGCUCAGCUAUUACACUCAGACAUGUAAUUCCUGUUUUGAAUUUUCUUCAAGAUUAUUACCAGAACUAUGUAUCUUACAGAACCUUGUAAAACCUGGAAAAGGGGCUAACAGUAAGAAACUAAGAGGGAAUAGCAGCCAUAAAACGAAUUGAAAAGAAAAGGAAAAAUUAUGUGGCUUUGCAGGAUCUCUAACCCAGAAUUGAAAGCAUAAGUUUUACCAUUUGGCAGAAAAAAGCCAUUUACCUAAUCAAUGAGAACAAAAGUAUCCUAUUUGAGAAAACUGACUUCAUGUCAACCCACUGUUUGAAAAACAAACAUAUAUUUUCUUACAUGGGUGGAAUUCAAAAUAUAUGGCAAAAAAAAGUUACAAAGUGACUAGUGGAAACAUAAAACCUGGCAUACCUCAGGGAAAGGGCCAAAUAAGUUUAUUGGCAUGGUCUUGUUUGUUGUUUGGUUUGUUGUUAGGGAACUGGCAGACACCAACCUUAUAUAUUAUAAGUAACCCAAGCUUCCACUGCCCUAGGCAAUCCAUGUAUGACACGAAUUCUGUCAAAUUUAUAAGCCUCUCUAAACUCAAGCUUUCAACCCUGACCUUGCAAGGAACCAAAAUGUAGUAGUUGUAAGUGAAUGUUGUAAAAGUUAAAUGAAUGCCUCUCUUUUGAAUCACACCUACCAGUAUUAUCUAAUAAGCACCCAUGGUAUAAACUUUACACACAUUUUGAGCAGCCGUGAAUUGACGUCUCUCCAUUUCACAUUUGCCUCCUUACACUGCCACAUUUCUCUUUCCCCUCCCUUCCUUACCCUGUCCUUUUGCAAUUCCAACUCACUCAAGCAUGGCCCCAUAUCUCCAUUUUUUAUUAAGGUAGUGUGAAUUCAAAGAGACUAUUCAGUGUUGCAAAUAGUAUGCUGUUAGUUGUCUGCUGGUGAUAGUAAGAGAUGUAUAAAUAUCAUGAAUAAAAAAUAUAUAAUAUUAUUCCUUAGUCUAAUAGACGAGAAAUAAUUCGUCUGCCUAAAAUAAAAUCCACUUUUGGCCAGUCUACUCUUAAUUCACAGGAGCAAAGGAUUGGAACAAUUGAGUUACCCAAUGAAUUAUGGGCUGAUGGCCUAAAUUACAUAGGAUCUUUCAAAGCAAAGGCAUUUGCGUAUUUGCCAGAACUAGUCAAAACAUAGCAAAAAAUGUAGAUUUUAGAUAAAUUUGUUAUUUUAACAUCUUUAAUUUUAUAUAUUGUAAAUAUUAGUCUUUCCACUUUUUUACCAUGUACUAUUCUUUUUAAUCUUGAAAUAUUUUAUUGCUGCACAUAGGUUUAUACCAGCUACAUUUUCAUACUCAGCUGAUCUAUUUUUUUGCAAUAUACAUAAAGUAUCUAAUUAAUUCAAUUUAGUAAUAAACUGGAAGAAUUUACCCAAUUUUAGAACUUAUGGAAUAGUCUCUAUCAUUUCCUGACUUGUAUUAAUAUUCAUUUAUGAUAAUAUACUGUGCUAGGCAAGUAACCACAAAGUCCUGGACCGUUAUGUAGAGUUUUCCAUUGCAAAGCAGGCAGGCCAGCAUGGUAAGCAGCUUAUAAACUAACAGUUCACAUUUUCAGAAGUUAGGAAUUCCCUUUUGGGAGACCUUUCUUUCUUUUCUUUUUUCUUACAGAAUAGAAGAUUGCUAGUUAUUGCUAUCCUCAUGUAUAAGGUUAAACACAAUUAACUAUGUCUCAUGAAAAUAUCCAAGCUCUUUUAUAUGCAUUGUACACCUUAAAACCUGAGAGUAGCAGAGUUCGCCAUCCCCAUAUUUAAGACCAAGAAAUAUGGAAAACACCUGCUCACUUUUUUGGGACUAUAAGUUGUGGAAUAGACUAGCUACUGGCAUGGGCAAAAUUAGGACCCUAAUAACAUCAUUGAAGGGUUCUAAACAUCGUAUUUGGAAAUGUGAUUUAAGUGCGAUGGUAGAAGAUGAUAAAUUGCACAAACUGCAUUCAUUGUAACUCAUAACAGAAUGAAAUUUUCCAGACUGGCUUUCUAUUUUAGUUAGUUUUUUAGGUCUUUUAACUAGGCUUUUAGUACCGAAUCGUUAGUAGGCUUUUUGAUCAUUUAUUAGUUAAUAGGUUUUCUUAUUAUCAAGCGUCCCCAAUUAGUAGAGCUAGCUACUGUAGGCUAGCUACACUGACAUGUUAAUAAAGUUUUUGAUUGAUUGAUUUUUGUGCUUUUUAUAAAGAGUUUUGGCCUCGGUUAAUUGUGGAUGAGCAGAAACCAGCAUGGUUAAAAGUGAACUUUGAUCGAUGGCAAAGUGAAGAUGCUUCAGAAAGUGAAAAGGAGGAAGAAGAACAGAAAGCCAAACUAGAGGUAAGGAAAUUCCAUGUAAUUGUCCAUAAAUCUCAAUUUCUUGUUUGUAACUUAGUUCUUUAAAUUGUUUUACUGAAUUCUCCCAGUCGAAUCAUGUCGGCCUCACUAAUGAGUUGAUUUGUAGAGUUUAAGAUUAAUUUUGAUCUCUUGAUCAUAAAGCUCAUAAAACUAAAUGAGCAACAAAAAGAAAAGCUUGACGGUACUCACAAGUUUCAUUCUCUUUCAGGAUUUACUGGCUCAAAGUAAAGCAAUGGAAGCAGAUCUGGAUAAUGAGAUUGAGAAAACAAAACAAGAAGGUGCAUGUACAUUUUAUAUACACUUGCAAAGUUAUUACACAAAAAAACUUAAGUCUUGAAUACAGGUAUUAAUUCACUUACACUACGUCAUGUCAAUCUCUCAGCUCAUAUCGUCAGGAGCUAUAGGGCAAAGUAUUAAAACGCUUGUUUUAAAAUAUUUCGUUUACUGAUAAGAUUGCUAUCUUAGUUUUCAGAUUCAUUCGAACAUUCUACCUUGUUUUGUACAACCUGUUGCAAGCAGGAUUGUAUAUUUACAUCACCUCAGUUCUUUUAUCAAGAUUAGUGUUUCUUGGAACAGGUACUGGAAAAAGAAUUACUGAAUGAUUUACGUACUGUUUACUAUUUGUAGUGACCACUAUCACUGUAAAGACUGAAGCAAGUUAAGUUAGAAUAUUUUUGCAAAGUAAAAUAAAUUGUUAUGUUUAUAUGGUCAAACCUCUACUAGUCUAGUGGCCAUCUCUCUACAGCCAGUUUGUUCUCCAGAAAAUGUAGAGUAAAGGGAGAAAAAAUUAAACUGUGUGGCAAUAGUUCAAAGUAGUGGAAAGCCUUUCAUGCAACUUACCCACACCUAGAGUCUGGGGUUAUGUAUGGCCAUGGGGGUUGCACCAUCAUAUUUCAUUUUUGUUUUUAUUGAAAAAAGUGUUAAGAAACAAUUACCACCAAUUUAUUAGCCUUUUAAAAAAGAAAUAUUUUGUGUGAGUAGUCGAUGUUUCUCAGUGUGGUGACUAUACAGCAAUUUUUGCCAACUGCCGGAGCUUCUGGGUGCUCAGACAUAAAUUCAUGCUUGUUUUUGAUGAUAAUUACACAAAACAAAACAAAAUGUUUACAUAUAAAAUGCUUACCUAUAAAAUUUCAUUUAAUUGUUUACUACUUGUUGUCUUGACUUGAUCUCUGAUUGAUUCAUCACUGAUUUCUACUGCUGUCUGCUUUGAUCAUUUUAACAGCUGCUUUUCCAUUUCUUUUUUUUUCUUUUAAAUUUAUUAUUAGGUGCCUUCCCAGUAGCUUAUGAUGCAGUUAGUGAUGUAUUAGCCUCAUGUCAGCUGGCUGCAUUCUUGGAAGUUGUUCAUCCUUUAAUAGGCAUUGUAAAAACAGGAGUAAUGGCUCCAUUUAUGCAGGUAUGUAUCGUGACAAUCAAAAGUUAGUUAUUAAACUCAUGUCUAAUCUGUACUUGAUCCAUAUGGCAUGGUAAGUAAAGUAAUAAUUAUAAAGAACUUUAGUAUUGACUGUAUUAUUUUAAUCAUGUAUAGAACACAUCCCAACCUUGUAAUUGGCAAGCAAAGGUCAAACAUCAUUGACAGUUAUUUGCUGUAAGCCAACUAAUUUCCUCACAGUCAUAUUCAAGCCAUUAAGUUUCAAUAAAACAAUAUUUUUAAAGGAGGCAGAGAAUAGUCCACUGGCUGACCAUAUACCAAGUGAAUAGUCAGUCUUGAGUUAUGUCACAAAUAAUACAACAAUGAUCCCUAGCCCUUACACAGUAACAUAAUAAACUUCACACAAUAGAAUGAAACAAUAGUGCAAAUAUAUUAUAUUGACGUACGUCAGGUAUAUCACACAUCACCCAGCUAGUCCAACCUCUCACCCUGAGACUAUAAGUUAUGACAGAAAGAUUUAAAGCCAUUUUUUAUGGCCCUAACAAACCUUUCUCUCUAAUUUAGAGCACUAUCAAAUAAGCAAGCCAAAUGUAUGAAUACAGUAGCAUCAUUUAUGAACCACAGUACUUUAUUUUGAGAGCUUUCAAUAAUUCACUGCUUACCACACUGUAUAGCAGGCUGGUUUUUUGUGUUUUUUUUUUCUUUUGCAUUUGUAAAACAAGAGAUACAGCUGAGUGAAAACUGAGGUCACAUGAGAAAACAAUGGGGGAUGCCUGAGUGGGGGCAAGGUAAAAAAUUCUUUCUGUUUUUUUGUUUCCCUCACCUCUUCCCCCAUUGUUUUCACACUUGACCUUGGUUCAGCCUUUGCAAGACUGUAUCUCUUACUUUACAAAACACAACCUAAAAACACCCCAAAAAGACCACCUGAUCUUUGCUAUAUAUCAGUGUUGAAGUAUUCAUUAUUACAUAAGGUUUAAUAUUGCAUUUGUCUUUGAUCUUUGUUCAUUGGUAGUAGGGAGGUGGUAGUAGGGAGUUUGAAAUCAUGUGAUCAGGUAAAACUUUAGAAUUAUUGUUUUAUUUUAUCACAGCUAUUUCAACUAUUUGUUUAGUUACCCGUUUUAUUAUAUAAACACCAAUGAAAUACCAGGUGAGCUUUCGCGCGAAAAAUUGAUAUCUUCACAUGUGAAAAUAACAUGUUAUCUUCACAUGUGAAAAUAUCACCUUUGCUAUGGCUUCAUAAUAAAUUGCGCCUUUCACACCAAAAAACUAUUAAAGUGAAAUGGUUUGGUAGUUCAUUGGUGUUUAUAUAAUAAAUAGAACAUUACAUGGCCGCUUGGAGAUACGAAAUUUCUCUUCGAGUGUUGAAAAAAUAUUUCACUCGUUCGCUGCGCUCACUCAUGAAAUAUUUUUCAACACUCGAAGAGAAAUUUCGUAUGUCCGCGCGGCCAUGUAAUAUUCUCUAUUUAUCAUCAUAAUUGGUCAUUUAUUUUUCCUUAUACAUUUGUUUAUCUAUUUAUUUUGUUAGUUUAAAAAAAUCAACUUAUGUUACUUAAGGUGUCAUCAACCAAAAAUUUUUAACAAAACAUAACUUUGUUAAGAAAAAAUCCACCAGGAAAUUGAGUAAUUUUAAUUUUCAGUGCACAAAAACCUUGUACCAGAAUAAUUUAAAGAAUAUUGCAUUCUUUUUUUAUAUUUUUCAAGGGCUUAACAUGUAAUAAAUCAUCUGCAGUAACACCAAAGAAAAUUUCUCAUGGAAGCCCAAGAAAAUGAAUGUCAAAUUUCACAAGAAUUGUGAUUACAGAGUUAAAAUUCUGAAAAUUUCAUGUGUAAGAUGUAAUAUUUCUGUGAAAUUUGACAUUCACUUUCUCGGGCUUCGAUGAGAAAUUUGUUUUGGUGUCACUACAGAUGAUUUAUUACAUCUUUAGCCCUUGAAAAAUGUAAAAAAGAAUAAAAUAUGCUUUAAAAAUUAUUCUGGUACAAGAUUUUUGUCCACUGAAAAUCAAAAUUACUCACUGUCCUUGUGGAUUCCGUCUUAAAUUCUUGCUAGUGUAAAUUAUUGCAUGCAAUUUUAAUUUGCAGGUAUUUGGUAGAAACUUGGUUCUUUUUUUGGUUGUUGUACCAAAUGAGGAGCUUCACAAGCAGGCUACAGUAUUUGGUCUGUUCUUUGUGUGGUCUCUUAUUGAAGUCAUCAGGUACCCAAAAUGCAGGCAACAAUAUGGCAUUUAAUUAAUAAUAUUUGGACAUUUAAUGCAACUUGGACUACUGCAAGCACAAUUUGAUAUUUUCAGUAUGUAUGUUGUUACAAUCAUUAUAUUAUUUUUUUGUGACAACAUUUUUAUCACAUAGUGAGGGUGUUUCAUGUUGUUGCAGAAACCAUUGCUCUUUUUCUUUUGUGUUGUGCUGUGGGUACUGUUCAGUGCAUAUUAUAUGCCCGCAAGAACAGGAAACCACUGGCCUACAGUACAUGCUACAAUGUAGUUUGUUUUUACGGGCGGCAAAGAGUUCAAAAAAAAGCUCUAAAAGGUGCUCUUAAGUUCUUUCAUUGGAUUUUACUUUGAGCAACUCAUCUUUAGAGAUGACCAUGUUGUCCGUAGUUCCCAGUUCGACUGUAUACAUCCACUUAGUGUAGGUGUUAAGGGGUAACAGGCUGAGUGAUCUUUAUUGUUGUGAACAUUAAUUUGAAAACCACAAGUUUCUUGUGUCUUCACUCUAAUUACUGUAUAUUUUGGUGAUUUAUUAUCUUGACUACUUUGUGGUGGGCAGACUUGUAGAUUUGAUACAAAAGACACAAUAGCAGACCUGCCAACUCUCAUGAUUCUGCCGUGCACCUCAUGAUUUUUUGUCUUUGUUCAGGGCCUUACGACAAGUUUAGGAAAGAUUAAAUUUAGAGCUUUUCUGAAACGUGUUGGUCCAUGAAUUCUAUCGCUUGAAAGCAUUGAUUACCUUGCAACAAGUGAACACUACUGACUAGUUUAAAAAAAAAAUCUUAUUUAGCAAAACUGCGAUGGUCGGGUGUUGUAAACUUUCAUUGUAUGCAAAAUUAUGAUCUUGUGAUGAGCAUGCAGUUUAUUUUUGGGAAUGAUCGAAAUGACGUGCCAUGUAAAUCACUUUUUUGAUCUCUGGCAUUGAUGUAAUUUCUCUGGAAUCGAAGCCCUUGAAUUUUCGUGUAUUUAUACAUGCGUAUAGCCAGCGACCGCAGACGUAUUUUCAGUCGUCGCUAACAUGCGUACUAAAUCAAUUCAGAAACAAGUAAAAAGUAUCAACGUUGAUAAAGUAGGAAGUAAAAAACUUUUAGCGAGUAAAUCCUGUUUCGUGUAGAUUAUUAAUUGCCUCCUCAUUUCUCGAUCUAAUAUCCAAGCAAGAGAGGCUGAAUGCCGCUGUAAGCGCAUUCUUGUGCAAUGUUGAUCAGGAUUCGAAUUAAAAUAGAAACUCAAUACUUUUUGUAGAAUGCCCAGAUUUUUUUUUUUUCAUGAGUCUCCAGAUUUUCCUUUAUCAGGGGUUCGCGGGUCUGCAGUAGGUUUCCUCAAGACCCAUUUCUCUAAGUUUUAGUACUGGAGAAUACACUAUGUAAUAAGCUUUAUGGGUAGACUUGAGCAUUUGAAAUUUGAAAGUCAUUCCAAUCCCUUAGAGAAACUUAUGAAAAAUUGUAUAAUUCAGUAAUGUUUUUGGACAACGAUCGUAAAGAAUGCGGUUGUCAGAAACACAAAUGUGUUUGUCUAUAAAAUAAUGUUUGCCUCAAACUGUUUUAGUUUUCAUCAGAAAUACAGCCUGCUACUUUUGGCAUGUUUUCAUUAAUAUUGAUAAAUUUAUGGUACAGAUCAAUCGUGCUGUGAAGGGGUGAAAAAUUCCAAUAAAAGGCAGUUUGUGUCAGGCUUUUUUUCCUUUCCUUCCUUCCCUUUUUUCUUUUCUUCCCUUUCUUCUUAGAAAAGCCUCAUGCUUAGGCUGAUAAAUUACUGGUAUAAUUUAUUAGUUUCUCAUUCCUCAAUUCUAUACUAUGUUAUUUUUGUUGCUUUGCUAUACACUCAGGAAAGUCACUGCUUUUAGAAUUUUACUUGCUUGUAGCUUUGAUAUUGCACAAUGAUAACUUUUGCAUGUUGAUGUAGGUACCUUGAGAGGGCAACUUACAUGAACCUGAAUUAUAUUAUUACAUAAAGAUUUUCCUCAGAAGAAUGUGUUUGCGUGUUGUUUCACAGGUACCCAUUUUAUACCUCUCAAGUCCUUGGCAUCAAAAUAGAACCACUGAUCUGGCUUCGAUAUACAAUGUGGAUUCCUUUGUAUCCACUGGGCAUUUUAUUUGAAGGUAAGGCUUAUUAACACUUCAUAUGAGAUUAAACAUUGUCUUAAAAUGAGCUUGGAUGUUGCCAUGCAAUCUUACUGUUAAUUGUCUACCAGUUGUCCACUGUCACCUCCUUCAAUAGCAAUAGAAGAUGUGGUUCGCAUUCCAUGAUUUUCAUGGGAAAGAACUAAACAUUUUGAUUGGACAUUAUUUGACCACUAGGCAUUGCACACAGAUAACUCAGAUUAGCAGAUUUUGAAGACGGGUCAGAUGUGGAGCUGAGUGGCUAAAACAGUAGAAUCAUUUUUAGCUUGCAUGCAGGCGUUUCAUUCCUUCCUCCCCCAUAUACCUUUCACUCAUGUACUGCUUGCGCACCUAAUUAUUUUCCUCUAGAGGAAAAUAAUUAGGUGCGCUUUCCCUUGCCCUUCACUUAGCCUGCAUAGCAGGCGUUUCCAGUCGAGUUACAGCGCGAAAAUUAGAGCGGGAGCAAAAAAAAAAUGGAGGGUUCCUUCGCUCCCUUCCCCCUCCCCCCUCAUUUCUUUUUUUUGCUCUCGUCUCAACUUUCUCGACGAACCCGCCGGAAACGCUUGAUAUGCAGGCUACCCUUCAGUACACCAGUUUUGCAUGUUAUUUUGAAAUUCGCCUUCUGCACAUGCAUGCUUGAACUUCACUGAGGCCAUAAAGUAAUAUAAGAAAAGCCAGGGAAGUGCUAAACAUCAAAACAACAUUUUGGCUAAUUGAGGGUUUAUUUGGCCUGAUAGUGAUCCAGAAAUGGCUCCUCUAGACUCGAAUGGGGAUGGCAUAAUUUCCAGGGGAUAAGGGUUGCUGUUUGGCUCAAAAAGUGUGGUUGUGUAUUACAACCGGGCUGGUGGUAAGGUGUGGUUGUACUAUUAAAUAUCACCAUUGGCAUUACUAAGAUCCAACUGAAUUUCUUUUACAACUGAACAGGUACUCUGAUAUGGCAGGCAAUUCCUUUGCUGGAUAAAUCUGAGAGGUUUUCUGUCAACCUGCCCAAUGUGCUUAACUUUGGUUUCAGUUUUUCAUGGUUCCUCAUGGUGUACCUUGUGUUUCUAGUUGCAGGUUAGUUGCAUGAGCACAAUCAUUCUUUGUCAGAGACAGAAUUUAUCAAUUUCUGGUUAAACAUUCUUUCACCAAGAUGACUAUUAUCUUGCUUGAUUCAGAACUGGACUUUUUCAGAACAGAAACCAUAAUUUUUCAGAUUUCUCUAAAACCAUUUGUAGAAUGGAAAUGUUUGAAAUAUUAAGUUUUCUUGUGUCUGCCUUAAAGAAGACUACAAAAUGUGGCAUUUUUCUGCUGGUGCAGGAAAACAAACUGUCAAAGGAAAAUAGAAGAAAAUAGAAUUAAAAGAAAUCCCUAGCUGUUUGAUUCCCCGCCUACUUGUUGUAUUUACUCAGCAACUUGAAAUCUUAGUGACAGCCCUGCCAAAGAUAUAUAAUAUAUAAUGCAUCAGUCAAUUCCAGCUGCACCCAGCAAAAUUUUGCUCUGCGCGGGGUCAGGCAUUUGCCAACCCCAUGACUACCACAGAACUUUUAACACACACGCAAUUUCGAAUUCCUAUCUGAAUAUAACUAUGCAGAGGAUUUUACUGGAAAAAAAACAAGGCGGGGGGGGUUGGGCUGGGCACAGCUGGAAUUGACUGAUGCAUAAACAGGUUAGGGGGAUAAGGACUAAAAAAGCCUUUAGUAAAGCAUCCUGUACGAAGCCUCAUAAAGUGGAAUGCACCCUCCUAGCCACCACCACCUAUUCCAAAACCAAUAGAACUAUUCUUUCCCAGUCAAACACUGUAAAUUAUGUUAUACUCAGUCUUGAUUUUUCAAAUAUCAGAAUAAUUCAUAUUAAUUAAUUCCAAAUAUUUCCUAGAAGGAAUCUAAGUGAACAUAAGACAGUAACGCCAAUUACUGCCAAAACAAAACAUCUUUAGUUCAAUAAUGAUAAAGUGAAAUAAUUUCCCCUUGUGAUUGUAAUGCUUUAAUACAACAUUUACAAAUUUCUUGCAUAUGACCCAAACAGACCAUGCAUGUAGGAAACAUACCAGUAGGUUCCCUUCAGCAUUUUUUAAAGAUCUCUUUUGCAUUUUUUAAUUCAUUUUACUUGUUUCACUUCGUCACAAUUAUGCCUGAUGGAGGCAAAAAACAUAACCAUUAGUUAAAUUUUUCACUUAUGUCGAGUUUGCGUCUUUGCAAAUAAUUUUACACCCCAUUAUGUACAUUUUUUUUUGGUUUUGUUUUUUUUAUUUUUCAGGAGGAUCUUACAUGAUGAAGCAUAUGUAUAUCCUGCGCCAACGACGCUAUGGAAAAAGAAAAACAAAGACAAGAUAACUAAUGAAAUGCUAAUGUAGUGGUUCAAAUUUAUCCUUGGUUUAAAUCUAAUCUUCCUAUUGUUUUUGGGUAUGGUAAAAUGAUAACGACUUUUAAACAAUGAAAAUAACAUUUAAACCAAGGAUAAAACUGAACCACAACACAUUUGCGUGAGAAAUAAAUGUGAGAAAUAAUUAUAAAGCACCCAGUUCAGCCUCUCAAUCUGUCAGUUGCUGCUAGUAUUUGUUGGUUAUGGAACAAUUUCUUUUAAGGUGGCUCGGCCCAGUUUUCAAUCCCCACUGAAUGUCCAAUAUACUAUGCAGCUAAAAGUACACAAGGCACUUUCAAUAACAUCAUACUAUGCA